UUCUACAGCCAAAGCAAUGAUAAAUUCAAGUGAAAUGACAACUGCUUCUACACCAAAGACAGAAGCUGCUGCUACCAAGAAUACUUUUUCUACAACCAUUGCAAAAAUGGUAGCUACACGUGAAAUGAAAACUACUUCCACAGAAAUUGCAGCUACAGCUGUAAAGACUACUUCUUCAACAACUAAUGCUGCAGUUCAUCCAGAAAAAGUUUUACUUGUGUUUGCCAUUAUGACAACAUUUACAUCAGAUCUUACUGAUAAGAACUCAAUGGUUUACAAAGUAUUAGAGACUACAGUGGUUACUGAGCUUAGCAAAAUUUUUGAGAAGCAAUAUGGUGAUAUUUUCAUUGGGGUGAUUAUACUACAAUUCAGGCCUGGAUCUGUCUUCGUGGAUUCGGAGGUGAAGCUGAACACCUCUGCAUCAAUAUCUCCGUCAAGUGGAUUUCCCACUCCAAAGGACUUGAAGGAAGUGCUGGUGGAAGCCAUCACAAACAAUACCAUCUCUAGCUUUAACAUUAGUGUUGAAAGUAUAUCCUCCCAAGUUUUAAUACAAACUACACUGCAGCCCAGUACAGGAAGAACUACUACAGUGUCUCUUUCCACUAAAAAAUCCAACAUUGUCACUAGUGGUCGGCAUAAUGAUUCCACUGUCACAGCUUCUACCAGCACUGCUAGCCUUCCAACUACAACCUUACUCACCACUACUGUCAGAUUGAGGUUUUCCUUGUCACAAAAUUUUGUUCAGGAAUUAGCGAACAACAAUUCACCUCAAUUCCUAGAAUUAGCAGCAAAGGUGACCUUGUUGCUCAAUAAAGUGUACACGGACAAAUUUGGUAGUCAAUAUAGAGACAGUAAAGUGAUUCGAUUCAGUCGGGGAUCAGUGGUCACAGAUGUACAUCUAACAUUCAGCACCACAGGUGCACCACCAAGCUCAUCCCAAGUAAUAAAUACCCUGGUAAUGGCAAACAGCAGUAUCAGCUCUCUCACCAUACUGCCUGGCUCCAUCCAAGUCAUGGAAUUGCCAGACACUCCAGCUGCAGGAAUCAGGCCUCAAGGGUCCUUGUUGCUGGCCAUUGGCAUUUUCCUCCUUGCCAGCAAUCUCUAGAUAUAACUGAUGUGUUCACCAUGGUGUACCAAGAGCAAAGAAAUGAUCUUAAUUCCUUCAUGUAUUACUGACUAUGUAUAUUAAUUUCUUUAAAUAUUCUGCUCUGUUACCUCUUAAUACUGCACUUUAAGUAAUCACUGAUAUGAUUAUUAGCCUUUCUGGGCUAUUGUUAGUUUUUCUAUACAGAAUAUUUGGAGUUAUAAUUUUGUGACAUGAUUGUAGGUUGUAGUUUUUAACAAUAUGGCACUUAAGAGAUUUGGCAUUACAACAAAUGAAUAGUAUCUGUCACUUU